AUGGAAAACAUGAGUAUUCCUGCAGCAGCUGAUGGCCAGUGUCAUUACUACUUAACAAAGAAGAGACGCUACUGCCGGUUCCAGCCAAAAGAAGGACAGCAGUACUGCCCAGAGCAUGCAUGCAUGAUGGGAAUCCACGGUAAGCGGAAAAGAAUUCCUUGUCCACUUAAUCCAAAACACAAUUGCUAUGAAGAUGAACUGGAGAAACAUGUAAACAAGUGCAACGUCACAAAAACUCAAAAAGUCACUCAGCAGGCAAGAUACUACAUUCAAGGUAUCAACAAAGCUUCUGGGGUAUCACAACCAGGAGAGUCCCUGGGGAAUAAGAAGGUUUGCGUCAAAGAUUUGACUUCAGAAGAACUGGCUGCAUUGAUUGCAAGAGUUGAUCAGCUGUAUCAAGAUCAUGUGGACCAUAUUGAGACUUCUAUCCUGGAGCACCCACGUUUGAGGGAUGAAUACUGUGGGCAGGAGGAGAAUGAUCUGAUGAAGGCUCUAGAGGACCAGGCUGCUCUACGCAAGGAACUCUUGCAACAGGCAUCGCUGAUUGGACAAUUGGAACAGCAAGGGCUACUCAAUGGCGGCCACUGUUUUAUUGAAAUGGGUGCUGGUAAAGGAAAGUUGUCUCACUGGAUACAGAAAGCCAGUCAUGAUGUCAUCAAAAACUCAUACCUGUUAAUUGACAGAAGCAGUGUCAGAUACAAGAUGGACUGUUUUCAUAAGCAGGGAGGAGCAGAAUCAGAAUUUAAACGUAUAAAGGUGGACAUUGAAGACCUCUGUUUGGGAUUGGUGGACCUAGUGGAAUCUAGCAAGUCAGUGGUCGUCGUUGGGAAACAUUUAUGUGGUGGCGCCACAGACAUGGGCAUUAGAUGUGCCGUAGAGACUCUCACAGUUCCAAAAACCUGGCAACAUCCCUCAUCCUCUACCAGCAGCGGCGAACAGCAAUCAGCAGAUAUAAACAGCACAAACCUUGAGCAGAAUGAAACUCAGGCAGAGAGAGAAAGGUUAGAGAGAGUUCCAAACACCUACCAACAUUCAUCAUUUACUAAGUCUGAGAGUAACAAACAACUGUCAGCAGAUUUGAAUAGUGAAAAGAUUAAACCUAAUGGCAGUCAAGCAGAAAGGGAAGAGACAGCAUUUUCAGAAAAACAUUCAUGUCCAGAUAAAGUGAAUCAAACAUGUAGCACCACAGAAAGUGACUCUAGAGUCAGAACAUUUGCAAGAAAUAUGAAUGUACAAGGAUGCAGUUCAAGUCACUGUAUACAGCUGCCAAAGGGCAUCAUGAUAGCUCUCUGCUGCCACCACCGAUGCACUUGGGACACGUACAUAGGUCAAGAGUUCAUGGCCGCUUGUGGAAUAUCCCCUCAGGAGUUUGACCUUUUGACCAGAUUGAGUAGCUGGGCGACCUGUGCCAAGGUUACAG